GCCCAACAGACCAAGAGUACUACUCCAAAAAGUCCUCAAUUCAAAUAUCAAAGCCAGUUCAAAAGUGCUAUAAUGAAGAUGAGGAUUACUUGCUGAAAAUCCAAUGGGAAGAACUUUCUAAAACUAAUAUUAAACCCAGUCCUAUUACAACCUACAAUCACACAAUUAUUACUGAUAAUACUCCAGUCACAGAAGAGCCAAGUGCGCAAGACCUUAAUAUAAAGAAAGUUCUACACCAGACUGAUGCACCCAAAAAUCGUAGCCGACUAAAGAAAGAAAAGAAGAAUAAAAAGAUAAUGACAUUAGGCCUCUGCACUAUAAUCGUCUUCCUAAUGAUAAUCAGAUGGUUAAGUCAUAAAGAAAAUAAUAAAAUAUUGUAUCUACCUAUACCAGGCAUAAAAGAAUCAUUCUCAAGCAAGAUUGCCACGAAUAAUCUACCAGAAGGGCAUCUAAAAGUAAAAGACAGAUUAGUCAACAUUAGAAACUAG